UCUCGACCUGGUGUCUGGCAGGAAGCUGCCUGUGCACACAUUUCUCUGAGUGUACCUACCUCUCUGGGAACCUGGGAAUUUUAAUAUUUUAUUUGAACGUGGUUUGAAGGAAAAUGCUACGAGGAAGAUCAUUGUCUGUGACCUCCCUGAGUGGGCUUCCUUUGUGGGACGUGCAAGAACUUCCAAUAGAGGAUUUGCUGUUCUUUGAAGUUGCCUGGGAAGUGACCAAUAAAGUUGGUGGUAUCUAUACUGUAAUCCAGACCAAGGCAAAAACAACUGCGGAUGAAUGGGGAGAAAAUUAUUGUCUGAUUGGUCCAUAUUUUGAGCACAAUAUGAAGACCCAAGUGGAAGAGUGUGAGCCUCCAAACCCUGCAAUUAAAAAAGCAGUGGAUGCAAUGAAUUUGCAUGGGUGUCAGGUUCAUUUUGGAAGAUGGCUCAUAGAAGGGAGCCCUUACGUGGUGCUGUUCGACAUAGGAUAUUCUGCUUGGAAUUUGGACAGAUGGAAAGGAGACCUCUGGGAAGCGUGCCACAUAGGAAUUCCUUACCAUGACCGGGAAGCUAAUGAUAUGCUUAUAUUUGGGUCAUUAACUGCCUGGUUCUUAAAGGAGGUAACUGACCAUGUGGAUGGUAAACAUGUCAUUGUUCAAUUUCAUGAAUGGCAGGCAGGAACUGGACUAAUUCUUUCUCGAGCCAGGAGCCUUCCUAUUGCCACAAUAUUUACGACUCAUGCAACACUGCUUGGAAGGUACCUCUGUGCUGCGAACGCUGAUUUCUACAACCACCUUGAUAAGUUUGAUAUAGACAAGGAAGCUGGGGAGAGACAGAUUUACCAUCGGUACUGCAUGGAGCGAGCUUCCGUUCACUGCGCUCACGUGUUCACUACAGUUUCUGAAAUCACUGCCAUAGAAGCUGAACACAUGCUGAAAAGAAAACCUGAUGUUGUUACUCCAAAUGGUCUGAACAUUAAGAAAUUUUCAGCUGUGCAUGAGUUUCAAAAUUUGCAUGCUUUGUAUAAGUCCAGGAUCCAGGAUUUUGUUCGUGGUCAUUUCUAUGGUCAUCUUGAUUUCGACCUUGAAAAGACUUUAUUCCUUUUCAUUGCGGGGAGAUAUGAAUUUUCAAACAAAGGAGCUGACAUCUUCUUGGAGGCUUUAUCCAGACUAAACUUCCUCUUACGGGUGCACAAAAGCGAUGUCACAGUUGUGGUGUUUUUCAUUAUGCCUGCCAAGACAAAUAAUUUUAAUGUGGAAACCUUGAAAGGACAAGCAGUGAGAAAGCAGCUAUGGGACACUGCAAAUUCAGUGAAAGAAAAGUUUGGAAAGAAACUCUAUGAUGCACUACUAAGAGGAGAAAUUCCGGAUUUGAAUAAGAUCCUGGAUCGAGAUGAUGUGACAAUUAUGAAAAGAGCCAUCUUUUCCACUCAGCGACAAAGCUUGCCUCCAGUGACUACUCACAACAUGAUUGAUGAUUCCACUGAUCCCAUCCUCAGUACCAUCCGGCGGAUUGGACUUUUCAACAGCCGGACAGACAGAGUCAAGGUGAUUUUACAUCCAGAAUUCCUUUCCUCAACCAGUCCAUUAUUACCUAUGGAUUAUGAAGAGUUCGUCAGAGGCUGUCAUCUUGGAGUAUUUCCAUCAUACUAUGAACCCUGGGGUUAUACUCCAGCUGAAUGCACUGUGAUGGGCAUUCCUAGUGUGACAACAAACCUCUCUGGCUUUGGUUGUUUCAUGCAAGAACACAUAACUGACCCAGCUGCUUACGGUAUUUACAUUGUUGAUAGAAGGUUCUGCUCACCAGAUGAGUCCUGUAAUCAGCUGACUCAGUUUCUCUAUGGAUUCUGCAAACAGUCUCGUCGCCAGAGAAUUAUCCAGAGGAACAGAACUGAAAGACUCUCUGACCUGCUGGACUGGAAAUACUUAGGCAGGUACUAUAUGCAUGCCAGACACCUGACACUAAGCAGAGCUUUUCCAGAUAAAUUUCAUGCUGAAUCUGCACCACCAACGACAAAAGGUUUUAAAUUUCCAAGGCCUUCAUCAGUGCCACCAUCACCUACAAGCUCUCAGCAUUCCAGUCCUCCUAAUAGUGAUGUAGAAGAUGAGGAUGAGAGAUAUGAUGAAGACGAAGAAGCUGAAAAGGACCGGAUGAAUAUUAAGUCUCCCUUUUCCCUGGGUCAAAUCCCUCAUGAAAAGAAAAAGCAACAUGGUGAACACAAGAAUUGAGUUUCUGUACUAUUGCCUUCUCGUGGAUAUUUACCCUCUGUAAAACAGUAACUUCAGAACACAGUCAUUAGGGAUUACUACAUAUUAAGGAACCUAAGCUAACAUAAGGAAAAAAUUCUUUAUAGAAAUAAAAUAAACUUUAGAGAAAGUG